AUGUCCAAGAGAGAUGGUCACGACGACAAUUAUUUGGCUGACAAUAAGAUCCAAUACGAGACGAAGAUAGAGGAAUUGGUCUAUUUAAUAGCAAAUCACCACGUACAGCCUGAGCAAGUUGAUGCUAAUCCAGAUGAUAUUAAUAGUCUAGUGGCAAGACUCUGUGAUGUUAUGUUUCCGCUAGGCUAUAGUAGUGAUGAUGAUGUGUCGCCUGAUGUUAACGAUGAAAUGAUUAAUCCCUUUUUAUCGGAUAAUUUCGACGACUUUAGUGACAGUGAUAAAGAACAUGAUUCGGAAGCUACUAGGAGUGCGAAUAGUUAA